UCUUUACCUGAUAAAGUCAUGUUAGGACAUGUCAGUUGUCCCGUGAGAGCUUUUGGGCCGAACCCACUAAGGUGUUUCAGAUGCCAAACUUAUGGUCAUGUUUCAGCAGUGUGUAGGAGUGCAUAGGACAAAAAAAAUGGUGUCAACUGUGGGGGUGCCCAUGUUGCUGGGGAUCAGAAGUGCCCGGUGCAAGAGAGACCAGUUGAGGUUGUCAGGGUCAGAGUAGAACAGAAGGUAUCAUAUGCUGAGGCAGUGAAGAGAGUAGUGGAGAAUGGGUCAAGUGUGAGCAGUAGGCCAAUACAUAGUGAUAUGAAUUUGUGCUUUGGUAAGGUUGGCUUCUUAGCGUUCAUUGCCAUGGUUAUCAACUGUGCCACAGUAAUGGUACGUAAAUCACAGAAAAUAGCUGUUGUGGUGGCAGCUGCAGAGAAGUACUUGGGUGUACAAGGUUUACAGCAAAAGAGACCAGGUGUGUUAUUUAAAAAAAAAAUGAUUUCACCUUUAUUUAACCAGGUAGGCUAGUUGAGAACAAGUUCUCAUUUACAACUGCGACCUGGCCAAGAUAAAGCAUAGCAGUGUGAACAGACAACAACACAGAGUUACAAAUGGAGUAAACAAUAAACAAGUCAAUAACAUAGUAGAAGAAAAAAAAGUUCAUCUAUAUACAAUGUGUGCAAAAGGCAUGAGGAGGUAUGCAAUAAAUAGGCCAUAGGAGCGAAUAAUUACAAUUUAGCAGAUUAACACUGGAGUGAUAAAUCAUCAGAUGAUCAUGUCCAAGUAGAGAUACUGGUGUGCAAAAGAGCAGAAAAGUAAAUAAAUAAAAACAAUAAGGGGAUGAGGUAGAUAAAUAGUCCAGUACAAAAAAAAAGUAUGGAUGUAUGUACUUGUAAGUCGCUCUGGAUAAGAGCGUCUGCAAAAUGACUUAAAUGUAAAUGUAAAUAAAUUGGGUGGGCUGUUUACAGAUGGACUAUGUACAGCUGCAGCGAUCGGUUAGCUGCUCAGAUAGCAGAUGUUUAAAGUUGGUGAGGGAAAUAAAAGUCUCCAACUUCAGCGAUUUUUGCAAUUCGUUCCAGUCACAGGCAGCAGAGAACUGGAAGGAAAGGCCAAAUGAGGUGUUGGCUUUUGGGAUGAUCAGUGAGAUAUACCUGCUGGAGCACGUGCUACGGGUGGGUGUUGUUAUCGUGACCAGUGAACUGAGAUAAGGCAGAGCUUUACCUAGCAUGGACUUAGAUGACCUGGAGCCAGUGGGUCUGGCGACGAAUAUGUAGCAAGGGCCAGCCGACUAGAGCAUACAGGUCGCAGUGGUGGGUGGUAUAAGGUGUUUUAGUAACAAAACGGAUGGUGCUGUGAUAAACUGCAUCCAGUUUGCUGAGUAGAGUAUUGGAAGCUAUUUUGUAGAUGACAUCGCCGAAGUCGAGGAUCGGUAGGAUAGUCAGUUUUACUAGGGUAAGUUUGGCGGCGUGAGUGAAGGACGCUUUGUUGCGAAAUAGAAAGACGAUUCUUGAUUUGAUUUUGGAUUGGAGAUGUUUAAUAUGAGUCUGGCAGGAGAGUUUACAGUCUAGCCAGACACCUAGGUAUUUAUAGAUGUCCACAUAUUCGAGGUCGGAACCGUCCAGGGUGGUGAUGCUAGUCGGGCGGGCAGGUGCAGGCAGCGAACGGUUGAAAAGCAUGCAUUUGGUUUUACUAGCGUUUAAGAGCAGUUGGAGGCCACGGAAGGAGUGUUGUAUGGCAUUGAAGCUCAUCUAGAGGUUAGAUAGCACAGUGUCCAAGGAAGGGCCAGAAGUAUACAGAAUGGUGUCGUCUGCGUAGAGGUGGAUCAGGGAAUCGCCCGCAGCAAGAGCAACAUCAUUGAUAUAUGCAGAGAAAAGAGUCGGCCCGAGAAUUGAACCCUGUGGUACCCCCAUAGAGACUGCCAGAGGACCGGACAACAUGCCCUCCGAUUUGACACACUGAACUCUGUCUCCAAAGUAGUUGGUGAACCAGGCAAGGCAGUCAUCAGAAAAACCGAGGCUACUGAGUCUGCCGAUAAGAAUAUGGUGAUUGACAGAGUCGAAAGCCUUGGCCAGGUCGAUGAAGACGGCUGCACAGUACUGUCUUUUAUCGAUGGCGGUUAUGAUAUCAUUUAGUACUUUGAGCGUGGCUGAGGUGCACCCGUGACCGGCUCGGAAACCGGAUUGCACAGCGGAGAAGGUACGGUGGGAUUCGAGAUGGUCAGUGAUCUGAAGACCUUAGAUAGGCAGGGCAGGAUGGAUAUAGGUCUGUAACAGUUUGGGUCCAGGGUGUCUCCCCCUUUGAAGAGGGGGAUGACCGCGGCAGCUUUCCAAUCCUUGGGGAUCUCAGACGAUAUGAAAGAGAGGUUAAAUGAGUCAUGUCCUCCCCAGGCCAUCAGCCUGUUGUAGGAUCAGUUGGGGUUAAAGUAGUGAAAUGGGGUGGUGUUUUUUUUAAUUUUAAUUAAGUAAUAUAUAGGUUUAAUGUUAGUUGGUGGUGCAUUAAAAUGUACCCCUUUUAAUUUUUGUAUCACAAAAUAUAACGUGGUCGACCACACACUCCCGUACAGUAGGUGGCGGCAUGCACAAACAAAAUGUGGAACGCUGUGAUAACAAAGAAGACCAAGAACCAUUUCCACGUCAGCUUUUUUAUUAUUUAGACGUUCAAUAACACAUACUUAAACCAUGUAGUCUUGAAUUCACGUUGGAGACAAGAUUUGGUUGAUAUGUUAUCUAGGUAAAACUAGCUAGCUGCUAACAAUGGCUAGCUGUGUGGGUUUUCACACUGAAAUAGCCUCCAUUAUGGAGGUGCUAGCGAAUGCAGCCGUGGCAGAAAUCUGUAAACUCGUAGACGACGACUAUGCAGUGUUUCGUUUGGAAGUAACUCAAAGCCAGAAAGAAAACAGGGCAUUGCGGAGGAAACUACAGCUACUGGAACUGAAGGUGACACGGGAGCGCGCAGAGAGGACAAUACGAGAUCGUGUCCUCGCCAGUCGGCCCAGUAGUGUCAAGAUCCUCGACCGAUACAAAGGAAUGGCAAGAGGUGAAGGACAUCUUACUGGAGGCCACAGGAUCUUUGUGAAGCCAGCAGGACACUAUACAUGGAGAGAUGACCAACCAAUCACUGUUGAUGAGGGGAGUGGAACCUCAACCCAGCACGUUAUUGUGAUAGAAUCUGCAGAUGGAGAAGCUGCAGGUCCCGGGGUCAAGCAGGAAAGGUCUGAAGGAGAAGUGGACCCACGGCGCAGCAGAGACAUCCAGACUGGAGCGGCAGGAGAGCCCUCUGUAGCCACGGAGGACACCGCCCCAGAGCCUCCCAGGACACAACGCAGCAUCACGGAGGAGGAGGAGGAUCCAGAGGUGCUGCUGGUGAAGGAGGAGGGGUAUGAGGAGGGUCUGGGGAACCCUGAGGGGACCAUGGUCAUAGAGGACAACCAGACUACACCUCCUGAACCCACAGAGCAACCAGCUGAGCAGCACAGGACCACACACAGUCUCACUGAAUCAGUAGACAUGGAGGAUGGGAAGCCUGAUCUGCUUCUGGUCAAAGAGGAGACAAUAGAAGACGGACCAGAGAGCAUUGAUCUGCUGAGUGGAAUAAAGAUGGGGGUGCAAAGUGGUUGGCUGGAGGCUAACAGAGGAGACUGGGCAGCCAUCUUUGAUUCCCAUACCCAGAUGGGUGCAGCCAAGGGCCUGGGGGAGGACAUCACUGAGCAGGCCAGGAUCACUGGUGACAUAGUGGAGGUUAGUGGAUGGGACAGCGUCUUCAACUCAGGGCUGGGGAACAACACUGUUAACCACAACCAUAAACAGACAGUUGAACACAGAACAACGACCGAACAAAGUCUCCAUGACAACAGAUUGGCAGAGACCAGGGCAAGGAGUAGAUUUGAUCGACGGGGAGGUAUCCAUAUUCGGCGGGAGAGAACAGACACAGACUUGGCUAGCUAUGCUCCGUCCUGCUCCUAUAGUUGUGAUUCAGAGAGACUGAUGGUGCCUCAGGUUAACCCCCUAACAGUUGCUGCCUUCAGCCUGCCUUCUAUAGGAUCUAUCAACUGGAACAUGGACCCUGCAACAACACAGACACUGCCUGACCUUCGUCCUCCUCUCCUUAUGUUAAACCAGACCUCAGACAAUGUCAGUCCCUCAACAAUAAAUGGCUAUACAAGCCCAUUGACAAAUGACAGUAGUAACGCUAUCAGCAGAUCUAAUGGCAAAGAUAAGCGCUUCUCGUGUUCAUUCUGUGGGAAAGCAUUCAGUUUCCCCAAACAGGUGGAGAUCCAUAAGAGGAUGCACACAGGGGAGAAACCGUUUGGCUGUACCCACUGUCAGAAGCGCUUUGCUGAAGCUUGUCACCUGAAGAGGCACCAGAGGGUCCACACAGGGGAGAAACCUUUCAGCUGCCACCUGUGCCGGGUCAGUUUCUCCCACUCCUCCAGCCUGAAGAGGCACCAGAGGGUCCACACGGGAGAAACCAAAUAGCUUCUGCCACUGUAACAAAAGGUUCUCCCACCAGCACCAUCUGAAGAUGCACUUGAAGGUCCACACGGGAGAGGGGCCAAUCACCUGUACGCAAUGAGUUUCUCAGAGAGGAGCUAUCUCAGGAAAUGCACAUGUAACAUGUUAUGUAGUACUAGUUAGUUUGUUAGUAGUUCAUUCUGAUGGUUUUGGAUGUAGUAGGGAACUGGGUGAGGUGAACUGAGGAAAGAAUGAGUAUGAUGAGGCAUGGUUGGUGUGAUGGCAUCUGUAAAAAUGCUUCUCUGAUAAAGUGAUAACCUUGUCCUGUUAUAAUGCGGAAAUGAUAGUGCCUUAAUUCAUGUUUACUUGACAUGAAGAUGUGUAAUGUUGAACCUUUUCCGAAGUAUUCUCAAAUAAAUGUUCUCAAAGCGAGGGUACCAAAUGUACAGGAAGGCAGAGGCUACGAAUAUGGAGUUUUCAUCCCCGCUUCACCCCUCUGGAAAGUUAUUUCUCAAAUCUAAGGAUCCAAAUUACCUUCUGCGCAUUUGUUAUAUACUCAUGUUCACGUUUCUUUAUUUAGUCACCCUCUUCUGGACCCAAAACCAAUUUGAGCGAUAUGAUAAUGUAGCCGGUCUUUGCCUCAUGUCUGAACAGCUGCGAUUUGAAUGAACGUUCCAAAAAUAUGUAUGAAGGCUACAACCUUCUCUGUCUGGUGUAACGGAUAUUGCCGUAGCAAUAGUCUCAACAUUGCAUUGGGACAAAACAAUUUGCGUUUGAUGUGAUGAUAUAAUCUUUAAAGUUAUGCUUCCAUAUAGCCAGGAGUCUGCCUCCUGUUUAGCCAUUCUUUGUAAUGAUGAUGAAAGAAGAACAUUGCUAGACUGUUAAAGACAAAUAACUGUUUGUUCUGUUUUGUGUACAAGCGGCAGUGGAGUUACAGAGUGACUCAGCACUGAGCAGCAACUGAAAGGAGAAGGCUAGUAGAUCCCGCAUGCACAGAAAUCUCUGUAUUUUUAGCAACAGCAAUUUGGGUUCCAGAAAAUCCGGAACCGCAGCCACUUGGUUCCAGAAAAAGUAAAGUGUUACCAUAUUGAGAAAUGUUAUUCUACUCUUCAUGUAAUGUUUUGUGCAGUAAAAGUAUUGUACUUCACGUUAUGCAUGUGUGUGACCAUUUUGUUGAAAUUAAAUGCAACAUUUACUCUGUA